UCAGCAUCAUGACCUGGCACUGCCAUCACAUAUCGACUUCUUUCGAUCACUCUGGCGCCCACAUACGCCCAUCAUCAUGACUUCCGUUUUUUUUCCCUUCCAGACGCAAGAAAAAAUUCACUCUGAUUUGGAAUUACUACCGCGGGUUCAUGCACCAAGCUUCGUUGUUCACUGCCGCCAUGAUUUGUCCAACUUCCCACUCGUUCUUUUUUUUCCAGUGUGACAGAGGAGUCAAGUUCGCAGAUCAUAUUCGUAUCAAUAACAUGAUGCCAUCAGAUUUCGAAGCUGCCAUCCUGGUCCAGAGCGCUAUCUUGAUUACUACCGAGGGUUCAUGCACCAAGCUUCGUGGCCGCCAUGAUUUCUCCAACGAGCAUAAUCGCAACAACCGACCCUUUCUUUUUUGCCAGCGUGACAGAGGAGUCAAAUUCGCAGAUAGUAUCCGUAUCAAUACAAUGAUACCAUCAGAUUUCCGAGAAGACGUCAUCCUGGUCCACAGCGCCACUGAUUUCUCUAAUGAGCAGAAUUUGCGACUUCAUGUCUGAACGAGGAACAAAUUCUUGUUACAAAAUUUCACCCGUUCGAUGUGGCGUGCUGAUUCGUGAUUUGAAACAGCCUAUCUAGCCUUCGCAUUGCUACCAUUAUACACCGGAUUUCAAGGCCGCCAUCCUUGUCGCCACUGUGAUUUCCCCAACGAGCAUAACCGUACGUAUCAUGACUCGAUCUUAUCUGAAUGGAUUGCUCGAAUCAAUGGAAGAGGUUCUUG